UGAAGGCAUGAGAACACAACCUUAAAUUAGUUAAAGACCAUUUGCUAGAUGGAUGGAUUAUUUUCUUGAAGUGUUUGCACAUCCAUUCAUGUAGGCUUCCUCCGGCACUUCGGUUUCCUCCUACAGUCGAAAGGCGUGCUGUUUGGUGGAAUGGUAUAUUGAAUUUGCACAGUAUGAAUAUGUGUGUAUUCUUGUCUUGCAGUAUAUUGACACCCACUAUUUCCAGCAAACAGCUAACUAGCGCCUGGAUUUAAUUUUGGCAGUGUUGAAUAUAUAGUGGGAAUAAACACUGGAACAUCAGGUUUUUAUAUUACAUACACAGCUAGCCUGCAAUUGACAGCAGAUACAUAGUUGCCAGUUAACUUUACUGGGCCGUCUUUGGAAUAUGGGGAUAAAUUUGAGUAUCCAGGAAAUGUCCAUGUGGAAACUGAUUCCUGUCAUGUGAUUAUGGAAAACGUCUGUCAAGUAAGAAAACACCUUUCACGUUGAAGUGCACUAAAGCAGAAAUCUCAUUAAUAAUAAACAAGAAAAAACAUUGGGGAAUGUAGGGCAGAGAAUGGUCCGAUUUCGGAGAAAAACAUGCAUCACUCUAACCAUUUUAAUGUCUUUAAUAUUUUUGAUGAUGAUGGCAUUGAAGACCUUAAGACCUGUUGAAUCUCGGUUUGGAAAUCCAUUUGGACUAGGAUUGUUUCCAGCUUUGCAAAGAGCAGAACCUGAAUUUCAUAAAACUAAUGUUGAAGAGCAUAUAGAAAGAAGAAGUUCUAAGAACAACUUAACAAAAAGUAUGACUUUAGACAACCAGCUGCGCAAAGUUUCUUUACCUAAUUAUAAUUUGCACACAUUUUACUAUAGUUGGUAUGGCAAUCCAAAAUUUGAUGGCAAAUAUAUUCACUGGAACCAUCCUGUACUACCUCACUGGGACCCAAAAAUUGCAACGAGUUUCCCCAGAGGAAAGCACAACCCUCCAGAAGACAUUGGUUCAAAUUUUUAUCCAUUAUUGGGUCCUUACAGCUCAAGAGACCCUGCAGUCAUAGAGGCACACAUGCAGCAGUUACAAACAGCAGCCAUUGGGGUCCUUUCCUUAUCCUGGUACCCACCUGACAUGAAAGAUGAUGCUGGCGAACCCACUGAUGAGCUGGUGCCAGCAGUUUUGGAUAUUGCACAUAAAUAUCAAGUUAAGGUCACUUUUCACAUUGAACCCUACCAAGGUCGUAAUGAUCUCACCAUGCGAAACAAUAUUCAGUACAUUAUAGACAAGUAUGGAGGACAUCCUGCAUUCUAUAAAUAUAAAACGAGGACUGGAUCUCUUCUCCCACUGUUUUAUAUCUAUGACUCUUAUCUUGUCAGCCCUGAAACAUGGGGAAACCUUUUAAAAGAAUCUGGGCAUAACACCAUUAGGAAUACUAAAUAUGAUGGAAUCUUUAUUGGUCUUUUAGUAGAGGAAAAGCAUAAACAUGAUAUUUUAGCAGCAGGGUUUGAUGGCAUGUAUACAUACUUUGCUACAAAUGGAUUUUCUUAUGGCUCAUCGUAUCGCAAUUGGAAAUCAAUCAAAGCUUUUUGUGAAAGCAACAACUUGAUAUUCAUUCCUAGUGUGGGUCCAGGCUACGUAGACACCAGCAUUCGUCCUUGGAAUAUUCAGAACAGUAGAAACCGCAUAAAUGGAAAAUACUAUGAAACUGCACUGAGUGCUGCCUUACAGGUUAGGGCAGAUAUUAUUUCAAUAACCUCCUUUAAUGAAUGGCAUGAAGGGACUCAGAUCGAAAUGGCAAUUCCUAAAACUGCAGGAGAAAUUACUUACCUGGAUUACCUUCCUCAAAAGUCAAGUAUCUAUUUGGACAUUACCCGCAAAUGGGCAGAAAAAUUUAACACAGAGAGGGAAAAAUGGCUUGUGUGAAAAUAACAUUGUUCUUUUGUCUCAUUUAUUUUUAACAAAAUAGCAUGAAUCAAAAAAUGAUAAUUAUUUAAAAAAUUAAAAAGUAGUAAAUUUGAUUUUUUUUCCCUUGGACAAUAAAAGAAUGUACAUAUCUAUUGUGUUUACUCAAAAUAAAAACUUGUUUAUAGCAUUAUAAAUGUAUCCACUAUUGGAAAUAAAGUAAAUUGUUCCUUGGCAAGCAAUUUUUUUAAUGUUGUAAUAAAAAGAAAUCCUUCAUUAUGAUUCUUCCCAUAGAUAAAAAAAGUAGUAUCAUGUUUCAGCAUGACUACAUAGGUUUAUUGAGAAUCCUUUUUAUUGUAGAUACUUGUUCAAAUAAAUUGGAUUAAGCAGAUUUGAAAAAGUCAUCCCAUAAACUAAUCACAAAAUCAUAUUCCAAAGAUUAACCUCCUUUGUUACAAAGCAGGUGAGAAUGAAUGGCAAAAAAAAAAAUCACUUUUGUAUGUAACUUAUUAAUAUAACCGUAAUUAUUAAAAGUAAAAAUUAAUUUAUCUUUGUGAAGCUCUUCAAAGUAACUUGGAUUCUAAUAUUUUAGUUUUGAGUUUUUUUUUUUUUUUUUUUUAUACACUUGCCAUCAUUUUAACAUGACUAUAUUUGCAUUUGUAUAAACUGUAAUUUUUAUUUGUUAAACAUUUUGGAGAAUGUUGUUGUUUACAUUAUUCAUAUAUUUUUUUAAGUGUUAUUUUGGGGAAGAAAUAAACUUUACAAAUCCACA